AUGAAGAUGAUGGGAAGCGGCAUCGCCGCUCUUGGUCUGACGACCAUCGUUAACACCAUGUCCGCAAUGGCCCAGAACCUGUCGUACGGAGCCGACAACUUCUACCGCAGCGACAGCGUCACCGUCCAGCCGAUCACCUUCGAGAACCAGUACCGGAUGACCAUCGCGGGCAACCUCUUCAUCCGCAACAACUUCACACGCAACAACAACAACAACAACAACAACAACAACAACAACAACAACAACAACAACAACAACAACAACAACAACAACAACAACAACAACAACAACAACAACAACAACUUCACCGCGCCGGCCAUCGUGCUGGCGGAGCAGGGCUUCGUGACGGUGUCGCUGGACCUGUCGUUCUGGGGCGGCAGCUCGGGCGAGCCGCGCAAUGCAGUGUCGCCGGAUCUCUACGCGGAGGCGUUCAGCGCAGCGGUCGACUAUCUCGGCACGCAGGACUACGUCGACCGCGAGCGCAUCGGCGCCCUCGGCAUCUGCGGCAGCGGUGGCUUCGUGAUCAGCGCGGCGAAGAUCGACCCGCGCAUCCGGGCCAUCGCGACGUCGAGCAUGUACGACAUGGGCGCCGCCAACCGCAACGGGCUGCAGAAGUCGCAGAGUGUCGACGAGCGCAAGGAGAUCAUCGCCGGGGCGGCGCAGCAGCGCUGGACCGAGAUCGACGGCGGCGACGAUACGCCUGCUGUCGGACGUGAGUUCUACGACUUCUACCGCACCGAGCGUGGCGAGUUCACGCCUGAGGGCACCACGCCGAACCUCACAACCCACCCCACGCUCUCCAGUAACGUGAAGUUCAUGAACUUUUAUCCCUUCAACGAUAUCGAGACCAUCUCGCCGCGUCCCUUGCUCUUCAUCUCGGGUGACCAGGCACAUUCCCGCGAGUUCAGCGAGGACGCUUAUGCGCGUGCGGCCGAACCGAAGGAGCUGUUCUGGGUGCCUAGAGCCGGUCACGUCGACCUCUACGAUCGCGUCGAUCUCAUCCCCUUUGGCAAGCUCACUCGGUUCUUCCAGACGAAUCUCAGCAAGAGGGGAGCCAGGGCGGUCCGUUUCUGA